AGUGUCCAAUGCACCAGCCUUGUGUUAGUGAAAAGACUUUAGUGUUGUUGACAUAGAGUACAAUCAUUCUUUUAUCGGAAUGCCAAGGAGGAAAUGCAUGCAGAAUCACCCUUGGGAACGUUGUUGAUCCAAUGAAGGGAGAGAUCACUAUAACGCAGAGCAGUAAGCAUGUCUGUAAAUGCUGCAACACAGGACAGUCACAAGAGGAAAAGAAGCCUAGAUACUCCAGAAAAGUAUCCGGCAAAGCGUAGAGCAAACUGGGGCAUUCUUACUAACCAAGGAUCUUGGGCGGACCGAUCACCUCUGCAUGAAGCAGCUAGCCAGGGUCGUCUGCUUGCCUUGAAAACAUUGCUUUCACAGGGCUACAAUGUGAACACACUGACUAUCGAUCAUGUAACUCCAUUGCAUGAAGCUUGCCUGGGAGAUCAUGUUGGAUGCGCAAGAACUCUACUGGAAGCUGGAGCAAAUGUGAAUGCUACAACCAUUGAUGGAGUGACCCCUUUAUUUAAUGCUUGCUCAAGAGGCAGCGCUAGUUGUGUGGAACUUCUCUUGGAGUAUGGCGCAAAGGCCCACUGGGAAUCUUGUCUUCCUUCACCCACUCAUGAAGCCUCAAGCAAAGGUCACAGUGAGUGUCUGGAUAUAUUGAUCUCUUGGGAUAUAGAUGUGGACCAAGACAUUCCUCAUUUAGGAACUCCUCUAUAUGUUGCGUGUAAAGGCCAGCAUAUUAUGUGUGUGAAAAAGCUCUUGUAUGCAGGUGCUAAUGUUCAGCGUGGAAGACAUUUGGAUACUCCCUUACAUGCUGCUGCCCAGCAAUCUAAUAUAGAUAUUGUGAGCCUAUUGUUGGACUUUGGAGCUGAUAUCAACGCCAAAAACGUAGACUUCAAGCGUCCAGUUGAUGUAGCUGCUGCGAAAAGUUUAGUGGAAAGACACUUGGUCUCAUAUGAAGCCACUCCAUGCUCACUGUGCCAGUUAUGCAGAUUAUGCAUCCGGGACUGCCUAGGAAGAUCCAACUUUCAUCUUAUUCCACAACUGCAGCUGCCAACUGUACUGAAGGAUUUCUUACAGUAUCGAGAGUGUAUAAGAAACUUUUAAUGACUCAUAAUGAUCUAAACUACCUUUAAGGGUUAACUAAAUAAUUAGAAAUCAUGGGCUCUAUUCAGUAAAUGGUUAAGUCUUCGGUUGGGAUAGCCAGCAAGUAUUACUUCAGCUGUUAUUAUAUAUUGAGCAACAUAAUUAUUCAGCAACCAAAUUAAAAAUUCUAAUAAAAAAUGCACAGCAGAUGUCAUGCACCAGGCCAUGGGAAGGCAACUUUUGCACUCCAGAUGCUGUGGACUACAUCUCCCAAAAUGCAGUCCACAACAUGUAGAGUGCCAAAGGUUGCCUACCCCUGGACUAGGCAUUGUGAUAUGUUAAACCAAAUGGAUGUGCACACCUCUGCUUGGAUUCAGUGCAGUGGCCAUAAAGUUUGGCCAGUUUCAGUAAGUCUUUUAAUUAUUUUAAACAAGUAGUUUAAAUAAUGCUAAAGCUUGUGGCAGGUCCACAUGAGCUACCAGACUGUUUAUAAUAUUAAAAGAUAAAUUUAAUUAUUUAAUAAUAAUUACACAUUUCACCAGUGAAUAGUUUGUGAAAUCGAAAAAAAUAUAUAUCCUGAAAACAUAUUUAUGGCAGACAUCUUUAUUGAAUAGAGCACCAAGGGAGCAAAUAUAAAAUAAAAAGUGCCAAAAUACUCCCAUCUUAUUUUUUAUUUUUACAUUUUUCCAAUAAAUGUGAUUAUCUAGAGUUCAACACUUUUGAGAUAAAUCUAGGAAUAAUGUCAAAUAUUUAGUAGCAAAAAAAUGUAACCAGCUUGAUCUUUUCUUUGGCCUCCAUUGGUCAGUCACUUUAUAUGCAGAGUGUCCACAGCAUAUACACAGUACCUAUAUAUUCAGCACACAUAAUAUUCAGUUACCGGAAUUGCCAAAAUCAAGUCAACUUAUUUAGUUCACACCAUUCUAUACCUGGAGUGUAAUUUGCUCAUAUGACAAAUUUGAGGGUUCAUUGUAACAUUUUGCCCUCUACUCACAAAUUAGUAUGCAUUCAUAAAAGUGGAAGCAAUGAUUGCAAAUUAGUUCAUACUGUGAGAAAGUUUGUUCACGUACAUUUUACCCUUUUCUUCAAUCACUGGGCAUAUUCUUCCUUAUUUAACAAACACACAGAGUAUGCUAGAUAUUUAUUUUUAGGUUUGUACAUUUAGGCUUGUAAAGUAUGCUGAAAUACAUUAAUACUAUUGUGCUUUAAAGGAUUGUCACAUAAAAAUAUAAAUGUUUUCAUUUUGUUUGCAUAUGUAACAAAUGUUCCCAGCACAAAAGAGAUUCACUAAAGAGUAUGUUGUGUAAUAUCGUAUGCCAAUUUGCAAAAAUUUCAGAUGAACUAAUAGCCAAACCAGUAAAAUGUUUAUUUUAUCAGCUAUUUUAGCUUAAACUUUGCUUUAAAGUGUAUUAAUAAAUAAGCCACAGUUCACUGGUUAGUGAAUACAGUAAGUAAGGUGUGAAAACAUUGGUAAUUUCAUUAUUGAAAAAUUAUUUAAUAAAAAAAAAAAAUAAGAAAUAGAAUGAUAUACAGUGUACCUUUCAUCCGAAAUAAGAGUAUUAAUAUAUAACAUGAUCAAAGUUAUACAUAAUCAUUUAUUCCUGAAUUUAAUGUUUCACCUGUUUACAUAUGAUUGCCGAAUAACAAUGUGUUGGCCAUCGUGUAGGAGGCAAAAUAUGCUGCUAUAGCAGGGGUAGGCAACCUUCGGCACUCCAGAUGUGGACUACAUUACCCAUAAUGCUCUUACAGCCAUAAUGCUGGUAAAGCACCAUGGGGGGUGUAAUCUACAACAUCUGGAGUGCAGGAGGUUGCCUAACACGGUUCUAGAGAAAUUCAUCAUAAAUGUAAAUGUAAAUCUUAAUGUAGAGAUUUGGGGCAUAGAUGCUGCCCCUGCAGCCUUGCAAAUGAAAAUAUCACUGUUUACAUUUUGCAAUAUCCAUGAUACAGUGGCUGUCAAUCAAUCUAUGUCAUUUUUGGCAUUACCAUACAAAGCAGUCUGGCACCAGACGCUGGGUGUGCUUCUUUGUAUUGGAUACAUGCAGUACUUCUCUUUAAGAAGUUCUUAACAAAAGUCAUAAAUAUUGAGGCUUUUAUUGAUUGAGCAGUCUGACUAAAGCAGUGCAAUAAAAACUAUUUUCUUUAAAGUUUUCAUUUAAAACAAAGGGGAGGGGGCUGUCAGUAUUUUAAUAUAUUAAAGGAGCACAACUAACUAAAAAUGUGUAUGAGUGUGUGUGUAUUGUUUCUUUAAAAAUAUAUGGUCUCCUUGAAAGAUGUAUUGAUUAAACCGAUAUUUGAAUGAUAGUCUAAUAAAUGACCCAUUACAAGGUGACAAUUAGGAAGUGCAAAUAUUAUACCUAAAUAGUGUUAAAUCUCUUUUUUCGUAUUUCAUGUAGUUGACCUGCUGAUAUGUAAGAAUUAUCAUUCAUGAUAAAAAUAAACAUCUAUGUUUC